GCCAAACUCGUCGCGGCAAGUUUGAUUUUCCCAGCCAGCCAGCCAAACGACAACAACAACGACGACGACACAGCACCAUCCAAAAAGCCCAAAUCACACCCCACCACCCCACCCCACAACAGCACAACAACAGCAGCGCUCUGUUCCCUCGACGUCACAAUCGCAGCGAAAAGAGGGGAAAGUGAAAAAUAAAAGGGGGUGUUGUUCGCCUCAUUCCCAGCAGCUCACGCGUCGACUGCGCAUCGUCAGCGCACACACACACGCACACACUCGCAACUUGGUUUGAUCAUCAUCGUUGGGCUCUGAGUGCUCCUGCUGCUGCUGCUCCUUGUGGCAUUUUUCUGUGUCACCCUUGCACACAAUGGCAAGCGAGGAAGACAAGCUGUUCUGUGCAGUGUGUCUGCAAGAGCCUGGUGCGUUUGACUCGGACGAUGAAGCACACAACAACACCAGCAACAACACCAGCAACAACACCAACAGCAACAGGCAUGCUGCAUCAUCUUCAUCACUAUCAUCAUCUUCAUCAUCAUCAUCUGUGGCAGUCAGACGGUCUGCCCGGCUCCGCCAUCAACAGCAGCAACAGCAACAACAGAAGAAGGUGGCCGUUGCCGCUCGCCCCGAGUCCUGCACGCACAUCUUCUGCUUGGCGUGCUUGAAGCGAUGGGCAGCAGAGGCCCACAGCUGCCCGCUGUGCAAGAGCCCUUUCACCACAAUCCACCACAUUGAUCCCCAGACACGCGCCGUGUGCGGUCAGGAGCCCGCCCCACCCAUCACCGCCAACGAUGAUGAGGAUGAGGACGGCGAUGACGCUGCCGCGUUUGGUAUGCCCCCUGAGGCGUUGUUUCUGAUUGAGUUUAUCAACAGCCUCCUCUCACAGCCUACCAACGCGCACCCAACAGUGUCGGACGACGGCUAUGUCCUCGACGGCUUUGUGGUGGACGACGAUGACGAUGACGACGACGACGACGACAACGGUGCUUACAGCGGUGACGAUGGCGAUGAGGAGUACAUCCCACACGCUGACGAACACGAAGACGAGGACGACGACGACGACGACGAUGAUGAUGAUGAUGAUGAUACUUAUGAAGGCCGUCAUCGCUUCAACCACUCGAACGAUGACAGCGUCAUUGUCAUCGAUGACGAUGACGACGAUGACGAUGAUGAUGAUGGUGAAUGGCUGUCGACGACAGCCACGCGUCGUACCACUCGCCACCACACGCGUGGUGGUGGGCGCUCUGGACGGCGGGGCCAUCGCCAUGCUGGCCUGGCUUCAUCGUCCUCCUCCUCUUCACGUGCUGCAGCGACAACGCGAUCGUCCUCAUCCGCCCGCCGAUCUGCACGGACACAUGGCUCCAGACACGCAACAGCGAGGCACAGGGCGGCAAGGCCACGGCGGGCAACGAGGGCCGUGCGUGCGUCUUCGCCAGCGUCACCGCGGGUGCGGCGCGCUGCCUCCCCUCCCGUCAUCCUGUCGCCCGUCAUGACACGACGCCAGGCAGCCGCGCUGGCUGCUCGCCGCAACAGCGGGAGUGCUCGUUCGGGUGGCUCGACCCGUGCUGGAAGUAGAGUGUCGGCAACAACAGCAACAUCCCCGCCAUCAGCAACUCUUGUCGACAGUGCACGGGGCGUUGCUCGACCACGACGCACGCGUGCACGCGCGGCAACACCACCACCACCACCACCACGAACAACAACAACAAGAACAACAACAACCGCAGCAGCGAGAGCGACAGCAGCAGCAACAACAGCAACGCCGCCUCGCCCACCACCACCACCACCACCACCAUUGGUGGCGUCAUCAUCCUCUUCCUCCUCUUCCUCUUCCUCGUCGUCUGCGGACUCGCUCCCGCCUGCGUUUCAGUCGCCCCGCAGCGCGCCUUCCGCGGCGGCAUCAAGCGCGCAGAGGGCAAGGACACGCACGACUGUCACGUCCACUGCCGAGCAGCUGAUGAUGCAGACGUCCAUAUCAACAUCGCCGGCCGUGCUGUCGUGGUCUGUCUCCAUCUCCAUGUCCCCCCUGCGUCGCACCCACUCACUGCCGCUGCCCAAUGACCGCCAGCCCCACCAGGCCCACCACCACCAGCAACAGCAGCAUGAUUGGCUGCAUCCCCGUCGUGGCACGCCUUCCCCUUCAGCACGCCCCUCAUCAUCAGCCGCUGCAUCUUCAGUGUCCUCAGCCGCUGCUGCCACAGCGCCGACAUCAUCGCCACUGUCGUCAGCAUCAUCGUCACUGUUGUUGUCACCGGGACGCCGCCCUGCCUCUGUGCCCGUUGAUUUGGCGGCCACGUCCCCACAGUUUGAUCGCACCCUCUCACGCCCGCAGCGGCGGCGGCGGCGGCGGCGGCGGCACAGCAGGCACCGUGCAAGCAGCACCGCUUCACCCGCUGCUGCCGCCAACCAUGGUCACCAUCGUCACGGUGGUGGUGGUCUUGGUGGUGAUACGGACAUUGAUGAUGCUCAUGACGAUGACGACAAUGACGACGAUGAUGACUUUGCUGAGUUGGAUUGCAAGCGUGCAAAACAGACAAGAGGCGCGCGGCGUCACGCAUCGGCCUCCUCCAUGCACCGCUCGACACGGCACCCCGCACGGCCAACGACAGUAGCAACCCCGACGACGACGACGACGCCGCCGCCAUCACGGGCGAUGGCGGGAACAAACGCGGCGAGGACAGGCGCCAGCUGCGUGGACCAACUGUUCUCCUCGCCUGAAUUCAGUGUUCGCGCAACCACCAACAACCGCCGCCGUCUCCUCGUUUCCUCCGAUGACGAUGAGGGCGGUGAGGGUGGUGAUGGUGGCCCCGACUCGCCCCCUGUUGGCAGCAGCAGGGUGCGAGGAGGGACCAGGCGCGGUGUCGCAGCUGCCCGCCCAAGCCGCCUGCGCUCGAUGCUGUCGCCGUCCGUGUCGCCAGCAGCGGUGCCAGUUGUUCGCAGCAGCAGCGAUAGUGGUGGCGGCCGUGGCCAUGGCCGUACUGGCUCGCGCGUGAUGCGGCGCAUCAUGAGCGACAGCGACGAUGACGAUGCCUGUCUUGCGCCCGCGAUGAGGACACACAUGGCGAUGUCGUCCACAGAUGACGAUGGCGACGACGACGGCGACGAUGAUGGAGCCCUGGCGUCUCGCAGCAGCCAGAGCCAGAGGAGACGGCGAAGCAGCAGCAAGAGGAACAGCCGGAGGAGGAGGAGCCGGAGAAGUGGCACGCCAACGCUGUUUGGCGCGGAUGCAGAUGCUGAUGACGACAACGGUGACACUGCAACUGAUGGGAGUGAUGGGAGUGACGGCAGCUUGGUGGCCCAGCACGAUGCACCCUUUGGCAGCCGCAAGCGCAACUGCGACUCUGCGUGCUUUGCCAUGUCGUUUGUGGACCACACCCCGCCGUCAGCGCUGACACCAUCGCCACCGCCGCCGGUGCCGGUGCUGAUGUCGCACCGGAGCGACGACUCUGACUCGCUCGACAGCGGCUGCCGCGACCUGGCUGCUGCGCCAGCCCAAGAGAAGCAGAAAACGAAACCGACGACCAAGCAUGAAACGCAUGAAGCGCAGGCAGAGCAGCAGGAAGGACAGCGGCGGGUGCGGCGGCGACGUCGCCAGCGAGGCCGGCUGCACCAUGCCCCACAUGUCGAUCCCGCCACUCCGUAGCGGCAUUGCAGUGGCUCUGGUUAAUUGUGAUAUGUGAUGAUACAUGCGAUUGUGUGAUAUGUGAUUGUAAUUGUUGCUACCUCCUACAGACUGAGAGAGAAUGUGCUUUGCUGUGUAGGUGGAGAGGGAGAGGGAGCCCAGUUGACAUGCCAUGCCAUGACGUGAAUGUGCAACAAGUUGUAAACGCG